GUGGAAUAUGUAGAAACAAUAGUUGCAACAUUGAUCUUUAACUAUUGCAACAUAUGUCGGAGUGUUUUAUUUUUUCAAAAUUCCGGACUUCCGUAGGGUAGCAUUACCGAUUGAAUCUUUUCGUAACACUACUGUAUUACUCUGCACGUGACAUCCUCGUUCUCCGAUUCUCGCAACUUGAAAAAUUGUGAUUUUGCCUUAUGCUCCGAGAAAAAACAGGGGACGUCGCCGCCAAGAGCGAGCAUCAUCAGGGCGAUGGCCACCGGCUUCAUCGUCGCGUUGUUCGCUGCCAGCGUCGGCAUCAUUUCCGGCGGCACGUUCGGCUCGCUCCUCAGCCUCGCGGGGGUGCUCGCCGGCGCCAGCAUCAUCGCGGCCGGCGUCGUGAUGGCCGACGACGACCGAGCCACACCCGCCGGCCCCGCGGCGGUCGACGGUGCGCGCGCCCUCGCAGCGUUCCUGCGUCGCCACCUCGCCGUCGUGGGGCUCGCCAUGGCCUCCGCUGCCGUGACGGCGGUCUCCGGCGAGGCAGGCCCGGCGCUCUGCUUCGGCAUGUUUGCUCUGCUCCUGCUCGCGCUCUCCCUGAUCACCAUCGGAGUUCUUGGCCAAUAGCUGGUUCGGUAUUUCUUGGUGCACGUGCACCACGCCGCCUCCGCUGCGCUGCCACUGCCCUUGCCUGCGUGCCUUACUUCCUGGACUGGGCAGGCAAAUUAAAUAUCAUCAAAGUAAAGAACACCACAUCAUUCCUCUCUUAAACCUAGUACAAUUGCUUGAUGUACUGUAUCUCUCAAUUCCCCUGUGUGCUUGCUGUCUGCUACUAACAAGAUAAUGCGAGAGUAUAAUAAGUGUUUGUCUUUCCUCUGGCCAUGUAAGCAUACUCUCUCCUUUUCUUUUUCUGAAUGAUGGUUCAA